AUGCGACUCGUCAAGCUGCAUGAUGGUGCUACAAGUGAAAAGGCACUCAACGUGUUUGGAAAGAUAUACAAUGUCGUACUCUUGUCGUGUACGCUAGAGACUGAUUGGAUUAUGUUGGACCACCGAAUUUUCCUUGCAACCGAUCUCAUCACAGAGAUGGCAAGUGGAAAUUUAAUGACAUUUGGUCAGACCAAGUCGACGAUGGACAUAUUUUUAAAGUUGGAGAAAAUAUUUGCAAAAAAUCGAGUAGUGGUUGAUUACGACGAAGACGACGACGACGACAACCAAGAUGAAAUGGACCAUCAAGAAUUUGAUGAAGAUCUCGAUGUACUUGUCGAUGUGAUUAACAAGUUUUACUCGAUGCUUGGAGAGAUGGUCAAGAUAAACAGCACAGUCAUGAUGCCUCUCAUCACCUCGGAUAUAUUGAAAAGAGCUUGCGAGUUUCUGCAAGAAGAAGGGGAUAGUGCCGAAGGAAUCCUAACUUUUAUGACUCAGUACUUUCGGUAUUGUGGUGGUGGAAAGUCGGUCAUCAAAGUAUUCUCACACUUCAUUCCAACUAUUAUCGGGUGUCUAGAGAUACCUGAUAGCGAUGUGAGACAGAAUGCAGUCAAGGCACUCAUAGAGGCGUCAAAGAUUGCCAAAGAUAAAUUCUCUCCAUGGGCUAUGGAUGCGUUAGUUGCUCUCGACACUAUCAACGACCAGGAUAUCACGGAAUAUGUCAUCUCUGCGAUGAGCACUAUCAUCCAAAAUGUGCCACUACCCUCCAACGAUGCACAUGUCAUCAUUCCAAAAUGGUUCAACUAG